CAAAUUAAUUAAAAUGGAUGAAGACAGCAGGCAGAGAGUAGUGGGGUGGUUGUUUGGGAGUUUGCUGAGGCACCUGAGAAGUUUGUUGUUCCGUGUUCUAUCGGUGGGUGUGAUCCCCAAACACAUUGCCUUCAUUCUAGACGGAAACCGAAGGUAUUCCAGGAAGAUGAAAAUCCCAGAAACCGUGGGUUACAGAGCGGCGUUUCUGGCACUCGUAUGCGUAAUCUGCUACUGCUACGAAUUGGGGGUGAAGUACGUGACGAUAUACGCCUUCAGCAUCGACAACUUCAAACGAAGGCCCGACGAAAUCGAGUUCUUGAUGGAUUUAAUGUUGACCAAACUGGAAGCACUGCUCAAGUACCAGAACGCUUUAGACGAGUAUGGGGUGAGGAUUCAUUUCGUGGGGAACUUGCACUUACUGGACAGCCGGAUCCAGGCGGCUGCCGGGAAGGUCAUGGAGGCUACAAAGAAGAACUCCAACUUCACUCUCUUGGUCUGCUUGGUCUACACUUCUACCAACGAGAUAGUUCAUGCAGCUGAAGAGUGUUGCAAAGAGAAAAAGAAGUUGAUGAAUGGUACCGCCGCCGGCGGGGCGGCAGCAGCGGCGGCGGAGGAGAGGGUUAUUACGGUGGUGGAUUUGGAGAAGCAUAUGUUCAUGGGAUUGGCGCCGGAGGUGGAUAUUUUAGUCCGGACGUCAGGGGAAACCAGGCUCAGUAAUUUUCUGCUGUGGCAGACUUCAAGCUGCCUUUUGUAUUCUCCGGGAGCAUUGUUCCCGGAGAUUGGGCUAAGGCACUUGGUGUGGGCAGUCUUGAAAUUCCAAAGGGCUCACCCUUAUUUGCAAAAGAGAAGGAUAAUGGUGUCUUGAAUUCUAUUCUAUUAUAUUAUAUAUUCCAUCUAUGCAUGAUAUGAAUACCAACUAUCAUAUCCUUUACUUUAACAUAAAUAUUAUAUUGUGCAUGUUUCAUAUACACCAUACACAUCAAGGUGAUGAUAUGAUAUGAUGCACAAUGUAUAUUUUACAUCCAUAUUUGUCUUGUAUGUUCACGAGCAAAAUAUUAA